CAAUGGCCGCGCCGCCCAAUCAGCGGCACAGCGGGGCGGCCAAUGGGGGAUCCGGACGAUCGCUGUGCAACACAGCGGGCUGAGGAGGAGAGUCAUCAGCUGUGAGCACUAGUGAAAAACUUUUGGCAAUGUGUACUGAAGACUAAUCUCCUUUCACGCGAAGUCAGCGCAGCCCCGGUCUAAAGACCGACGGUCGCUGCGUAGCCCCGCCACCAAGGCCGGGAACCAGAGCCUCCUGCAGCGACUACUCCUUGGCAUCAGCUCCGGGCAGCUCGGCCGCGGCACCGCGGCCGCGUUCCCAGGCACCGCCCCCAUCAGCCCCACACGCCGCGCAGGGACGGGGCGGGCCCGGCCUGGCCGCUGUUAAACGCGCUGGGUCGGCAGCCGCUGUGCUGGUGUUUGUGAUUGCCCAGUGAGCCAUGGCGAGCUACGUGCAGCUGAACACUGGCGCCAAGAUGCCUAUCCUGGGGCUGGGCACAUGGAAGUCCCCACCAGGGAAAGUAGCAGCUGCAGUGAUGGCUGCCAUUGAUGCUGGAUACCGUCACUUUGACUGUGCCUAUGUGUAUCAGAACGAAAAUGAAGUUGGGGAUGGACUUAAGCAAAAAAUCAAGGAAGGUGUUGUAAAGCGAGAGGACCUCUUUGUUGUCAGUAAGCUUUGGUGCACCUUUCAUGAAAAGUCUCUGGUGGAGGGAGCCUGCCAGAAGACUCUUGCAGCCCUAAAACUGGAUUACUUGGAUCUCUACCUCAUCCACUGGCCUGCUGGAUUUAAGGCAGGAGAGGAGCUGUUUCCUACAGAUGACAAAGGUGUGGCUAUAUCCAGCAACACAGAUAUUCUACAGACAUGGGAGGGCAUGGAAGAGCUGGUGGAUGCUGGUCUGGUAAAAGCUGUUGGUAUCUCCAACUUUAACCAUGAGCAGAUUGAAAGAAUCUUGAACAAGCCAGGGCUGAAAUACAAGCCUGCAACUAACCAGAUUGAAUGUCAUCCAUACCUUACCCAGGAGAAGCUGAUCAAGUACUGUCAAUCCAAAGGGAUUGCUGUGACAGCAUACAGUCCCCUUGGCUCUCCUGACAGACCAUGGGCUAAGCCAGAGGAUCCUUCCCUUCUGGAUGACCCCAGGAUCAAAGAGAUUGCAGCCAAGCACAACAAAACCCCAGCACAGGUUCUCAUUCGUUUCCACAUCCAGAGAAAUGUGAUUGUGAUUCCCAAGUCUGUCACGCCACAGCGCAUUGUGGAGAACUUCAAGGUGUUUGACUUUGAGUUGACUAAGGAGGAGAUGGCAACUAUUCUCAGCUUUAAUAGAAACUGGAGAAUCUGUACAAUCAUCUCGUCCAAAACUCACAAGGAGUACCCUUUCCAUGCAGAAUACUGAAGAUGGUUUCCUGCCUUUCUUCAGGCUUCAGAUACACUCUGCUGUUGCCUAUGAGUUGUCUGUGUUGCUUUCUCGCUGCACCAGACACCCACCUUUUUCCUUUGUUUUCCCCUCACAAAGCUGCAGUAGAUAUACUUGGUGAUUUUGGUUUAUGUUUUUGAGGAAGAAGGAAAUGCCAAGGGAUUAUGAAGGGCUUGCUGUGUGGACUUGGUAGAUUGUCUUUGCCAAACUGCAUGUCUGCAGUUGGUAAGCAGAAAACACGGAGAAAGUUUGAACAAGCUGUCACUUUUCUUUUGGAAUGCUGAAUUGGAGGUAGUGAUCCUGUCUGGAAGGACCAGGAUACUGGGAGAUUUUUGCAUAACUGAUGAGGUUUGCUUUUUUCUGUUCACUUUUGGGUUUGGCUUUCUUUUUUUGUAACACUCCAUGCUUUUUCUCUAAUUGCAAGUACAAGUUGCUGUCCAAGUACAAGAGUUUCCACAUGGGUGGUUCUUUAGAACUUGCAUAGGUCCUCGUUGGUGAUGUAAAAGCUGGUUUUGCCUUUAAUAAAGUAGCUUAAUUAC